CUGUAUACGUGUUGAUAAGACUCCAUUUUGAGAGAGACUUAAAAACAGUUUACGUUCGACAACUCAUAUCAUGAUGGCUACCUCUCAAACGGAAACAUUUUUGGUAGAAAAUAUUAGAGUGUGCUCAAUCUGCUUUGAAAAAUUUAAAACACCGAGGUAUCUCCCGUGUAAACAUUCGUUUUGCCACGGUUGUUUAUCUUCUUAUAUUGUCAGUCAGUGCAAAUCUACGAAGCCUCGUUUGGGGUUUCAUUGCCCUCUAUGUCGUGUGUACAUUCCAAGUCAUGGUGAUCCUGAAAAACCAGAGGAAUGGGUCGUUCUUUAUCCGGUUAAUGAUGUUUUACAAAAACUGGUUGCUGAAGCCGAUGAAAAGUACUGUGAACCUUGUUUAAGGGACAAUGAGAAAGAAGAGACUUCUGACUAUUGUUUAACAUGCAAUGAGUACUUAUGUAUGCUGUGUGCGAAAUGUCAUAGGAAAAGUAUGGCGUCCCGAGAUCACAUUAUAAUAAAAAUAAAUGAAAUGUUAUCAAUUCAGAUAGUUCCCGAAGGAAGACCUACAAAUGGUUGUCCUAAACAUAAUCAUGAAACGAUACAGAUGUAUUGCUAUGACCACGAGCAGCCAUGUUGUGGUUUGUGUGUUGGUACAGAACAUAGGAAGUGUGAGAAGGUGGAUACAGUUGAGAAUGCCGCACAAUGUUUAAGGGAGAGUGAACAAAUGGACACCAUGCUCUGCGAAAUGAAUGCAUUUAAAAAGAAGUUAUUAAAAGUCAAGACCGACGAAACGUUUAAUAUAUCUGAAAUCGAAAACGCAGUAGAUAAUACCGUAGCCAAAACUGAGGAAGAGGUUUCGGCUAUAGUGCAACAUAUAGAACAAUUAAAACUGGCGUAUUUAGAUGAACUGUUUUUAUCUCAGAAGAACGGCAGAGAGCAACUGCAAAGAGAGAUAGAAAAAAUAGAGGACGGUAUUUUCUGUAUCGACAAAUGUAAGGAAGAAAUUGAAAAAGCACAAGGAACUAAAAACGGCGUAGAGAUGAUAAUGAAUUUUUUCACAGCUAAAGAGAAAUUUCAUAAGAUAAAGCAAAGUAAUUUCAAACGAAUACAAUUAAAACUUUCAUCCGAGAAAAAACCAUCGUGGAUGAAAAUUACAUCAGAGAUGACAAAAAUUGCCGAUGUCAAACUUUCCGUAUUUUCCCGCCCUCUUAAACUUGACAUAAGCGCUGUUGAGUUAACAAAGUUUAAAGAGUUUCCUAUUGAGAAUGGUAACGUUUAUUCUGGUUUAUUUCUGUCACGAGGGAGAUUUUUGGUCGUUAAAUACAAUGGCGAUGAAACGUGUGUGGUAUACGAUCAAAAUUGGGACUGCAUUCACGUUAUCGACGGUCUUAAAAAACCAUACAGUGCUGUUCAAUGUAAAGAAGAAAUUUUUGUGACAAACACGGUCUCAAAUACUGUUGACGUGUUUUCGUCUGACGAUUUUCAUAAAAUAAGAAACUUUCAUUUAAAUAGCAACAUUAUUAAUGGGAUAUCAUGCUGGGAAGAAAACAUAUAUGUUGCAUGUGGUAAUCAAAUCUUAAAAAUCAAUCGAAUGGGACAAAUAAUACAGAAAUAUGUUGUAAAUGGACGCAACAUAAUACACAUAACAACAACAACAACAAGCGGGUUAAUUGUAUACUCUGAUUGGAAAAUUGAAACUGUGACAGCGAUUAAUGACGAAGGAUGUAAGGUAUGGAAAUAUCAAACUUGUAACUUGAAACAUCCGAGGGAAUUGGAUGUUGACUCCAAUGAUAAUAUCUACAUAGCCGGCAGUAAAAGCAACAAUAUACAUGUUCUUUCGAGCUCUGGAAAGCUUAUAAGGGUUAUAGAAAAUAUUCCCAAUCCAACAUUAUGCAAGAUAAACGAAUAUGAAGGCACUAUGUGUGUAUGCAGUGGGAAUAAAAUUCUAAAACUCUAUCAGUUCCAAUCUUCUGAGUAGAUUUAACAAUGAAUAAUAUCAUCGUUGAAUUGACAGUAGCUAAACCAGUUUAACUUAACCAUGUGUAUUUACUCCUUAGUUCCUAACCAGUUGACAACAUUUUCGUUUUGUAAAUUGUUUUUUAAUUUGUAUAAUAUCUACGAAUCUAUUUAAGAAAUGUAUGAAAUGUGUUUCCUAUCACCUUAUUUUCAAAUUACAUUGGAGGUUUUUCAGAGACAUUCUCUUGAUUUAUAGUCUGGGUUAAACAAAUUGUCAUCAAGCACUUGUCAAGGAAUAUCAAAAUAAGUGUAUAUUUGUUCUUACAAAUGAGCUAAUUGAUAUGAAGAUACAAAAUUGGGCUUUUAUUUAGAAGUUUAAUUACAUUAUGAUUUACAUUAACGAUGAUACAUUUGUAAGUAAACGUUCAUCUAAUGUUGCAAAUAGUAAAAUUUAUUGGGUGCUGGACUGCGUUUUACAAAAGAACUUACUACACAGUCGUAAAUAUAUUUAGUUUCAUGGAUUCAUCUUUAAUGAUUUUUUUUAAAACCAUUCAUUUUUAGCUAUUUUGACUUUCAUAACUAUAUUCAAAAGCCAUUAGAAUAAAACAUUGAUUAGUUCGUGAUAAAUUAUUAUUUGUUAAUUUGGUCGUAAGUCAUACGUUCUUUUGUAAAACGCAGACCUGGCCACGAUAUGAGCUUAAACAAUAAGUAUUUUAAAAGUUAAAUCAAAAAUGGUUGUCAGUUUUCAAGUUGAAUGAAAGAUACAAAGCUCACACUUAUGUUAGGGAGCAAAGGUUUCCAUCGCUGGUUUUUGAUAACAUACGUAUUUUAUUAGUACAAGUUUUGUUUUCAUUAUAUUUUUCAUCUCGCUAAGAGUUAACACAAAUGAACAGGUUUUUGCUAAAUAGAAAACAUUAUUUCAACAAACCGUUGAUCAAUUUGUAUUAUAUAAAACGCAAAAGAUGGGGUUUUUUGAAUAUUGGUAAGCAUUAUGGGUCGAUAUCGGUAUUUAGAAAUUGCAGUCACAUACGCGGAAAACGCUAAUUGCCUGAUUGUUUUCAAGACAUAACCUAUCUUCAAAUAUUUCUACUGGUUUUAAAGACUGUUCUAAAAAAUGAAGUAUUUUUUCUUCAACGUAUAAUUUUAAUUAUAAAACAAUUUUUAGGGAAAAUAUAUCUAUGUUCGUUGCAAAUCGUAUAGAGUAAAGAUUGGGCACGGGCAAGAUGUUAUAACGCGUGAAUUACGUCAUACGUUGUUUUGUGACGUAUGGACAAUUACCUUAAUUUAGAUAUGUGUAGUCAUUACAUGGAUUACUUUCCUUUAUUAUGCAAUUUAUACAAACAUUGUGCAUUAUUUUCAAAGUGGAUUUUUUCUAUACAGACUUUCACUUUUAUUGAGCAUUCUAUUAUUGUGACUACAUCAUAGAACUUAUUGAAUUCAAAAUAAGAAUUUGAGUAGAAAGUUGACGUAUGCGAUAUGUUCUGUUUUUCAUUCUCAUAUUUAGAAUUAUCUAAACCCAUUCUUUCUUUAGAAAACAUAUUUUACUUUUAAAUGUUUAAAUUUAUGUGUAAUGUUUAAUGCAUCAAUAAUGUUACGAAUAUCGCGAAAAAACUCGAGGGCAUUUAAUCGUGAGAUAAAUUUUUGAACUAUAAAAGGUUCAUGAAAAAUUCAUUUUUUGGGGUUCUCCAGUUUAGCCAUGUACAAUCAAACCAACAUCGUGAACGUUAACACGUGCUUAAAAAAAGUAAAAUGUUGCAAUGAUUUUUGCUUGCAAAACAAUAACAUGAUUUUUGCUUUUAUAUAUCACUGAAAUAAGUUUCUUUCUUUAUUCGUUGAUACACUAAAAAUUUAAUGUGGAUUGCUGUUGACGAUUGGGAACUAAUGACUGUUGGAAAAAAUAGGAGGGGAUAUAUAUUAAUUUUGUCAUGAGAUAAUGCAAUGAUGUAACAAUCAGAUGAGUUUGCAAAAGAAAAGUUGUAACUUAAUUUCAAUAUAGAUAAAUGUAGUCGGUAAUGAUACUGAUACAUCUAUGAGAUACCCGUUAUAAACAUGAAGCUGAUUUGUAGUAGUUUUUUUAAUUUAUCAAUUUUUAUAUUGUUUAUUCACAAUAAGUUAUUGUUAUUGUUAUUAAGAAAACAAACUUGUUAUAAAUGUAUCAAUAAUUGUCAGUUAAAUGGAAGUCGGGAAGUUUUUCCGCAUUGAACUUGAAUGUUUGAUACUGUCGCCGAAACGUUGUAGAUGUUCAUUGCAAUUUGAAAUAAAGAUUGAAAGUUUGCUAGGACUCAAAAGUAGAUGUCAAUUAUUUUCAUAAUUGCGUGUUUUUCUCCAUGUGGAAGUUUUUUCUUGCAUUAUCACUGGUGUUGGGAUGGUUUGUCUAGCGUCAUAAAGCAGUACGAGAUAUUUCUGUAUUACACUGCGUAUUACAACGCCAAUGUAAAAUGUAAAUAAACAACGUCUGAUGUAAGGAAAAAAAUA